GCGUUUCGCUGUCCUCUUCUUCAUCCCGUCAUUGCUGUGAAUCCCGUUUCUGCCUGCGCCGCCCAGCAAGAACCGGCGACGUUGCAUGUUGCAUCUGCAAGAGGCGGUACUUUGAAAAUCAAACAACUCGGAUUUAUCGACUCUCUCUUUCCAUUUCCCUCGUUGUCGCAUCACCAAUUCUUCAUAAUGUCUAAUUCGUCGAGCUACAAGCAACGCAAGGAGGACUUUGUGUCCAACCUCUCAGGCGGCUCAGUGGAAGAGAUGCUUCUGGUUACGGCCGUUGCACCCGUCGCCGUCAUGCUCUGGUCCGCCCUCCAAGCGCGACACAGCUUCUUCCAACCGUCGUCACCCCUCGGCCUCAUUAUCGACUACCUCCUCAACGUCGGCGCGAUUCUCCUCUCCUUCACACUCUACGCCAAGUCGCCGGUACUCUUGAUCAUUCUCCUCUCGACCCCCAUUGUCCUGGUAUAUAUGCUUCCCGGAACUAGCGGAUCGCGAAAGAAGCCGAAGGUCCCGCCAACCGCGGCAUCGAAAAGCGACGGCCAAGCAGCGAACAACCCGCUGUCUAUCAAGCCGUUUCUUACGACGUACCGAGCAUGCAUGAUGAUUGCUACGGUUGUUGCUAUCCUUGCCGUCGACUUCCGUAUCUUCCCCCGUCGCUUUGCCAAGGUUGAAACCUGGGGUACGUCGUUGAUGGACCUCGGCGUUGGAUCGUUUGUCUUUGCUGCUGGUAUCGUUGGAGCACGCCCCGUGCUGAAGGAAAAGGCUGCUGGUCGUGUAAAGCCACUCGGAAAACGCCUUUUGGAAUCUUUCAGGCAUUCGAUCCCACUGCUGGUACUAGGUUUUAUCCGCUUCCUGAGCGUCAAGGGACUCGAUUAUGCCGAGCAUGUUACCGAAUACGGUGUGCACUGGAACUUUUUCUUUACACUCGGUUUUUUGCCACCAUUUGUCGCCAUCUUCAGAGAAGUGCUGCGCCUAGUUCCAUCCCAUGCGGUCUUGGCUCUGAUUGUCUCAGGCAUAUACGAAGCUGUUUUAGAUAACACAUCGCUGAAGGCAUACGUCUUGACUGCUCCACGAGUAGAUUUGCUGUCCAAGAACCGUGAAGGAAUCUUCAGCUUCAUUGGAUAUCUCGCCAUCUUCUUGGCGGGCCAAGAUCUUGGCAUGUUUGUCAUCCCACGCACGGUCAACCCUCGCAGCAAGGAGCGAGCGGGCGUACAAAGAAACACGCUGCUCAUGACAAUGGGCGUUUGGUCAGCAAUCUGGACAAUUCUCUUUGUUGCCACUACGCACCAUUCAUACGGUCUUGGACUCAACGUCUCACGUCGCAUGGCCAACCUUCCCUACGUCCUCGGCGUCGCAGCUUUCAACUCGUUACAACUUUUGGCAUUUGCCAUUGUUGAUACCGUCUUUUUCCCUGCGUUUUACAACGCUGCUGACGAGAAGCAAGAGAAAGAGGCAUACAACUUUGCCAUAAGCCAUGUGUUCCGUGCGUAUAACAGAAACGGGCUUUUCAUCUUUCUCAUCGCUAAUCUAUUGACGGGUCUGGUAAACCUCACCGUCCCGACGCUUGACGUCACACCACCCAUCGCAAUGGCUGUUCUGGUGGCCUACACGGGUACAGUCACAGCUGUAGCUCUCGCUCUCGAUGCGUUUAACGUAUCUAUAAAGCUGUGAAGUAGAAUAUUGUAAUAUAAGAAGAUAACUUUCAGAUCAGAUGAAUGUCUCAGUGGUGCCUGUCCCUUUUGCUCGGCUACACUUUGCCCGUGUCGAUCAAUGCCUCACAUGCCGACUCAUUAUUGGUUCGGAGGAUUUUCUUCUUUUUGCCAUGAUCGGGUGGUCAGCAGCGACUGGCGCGUUGAGCAGUGGCUUUUCCAAGCAGGCUAGGGCCCAAGCCAGAGCAGGCAUGAUGAAACAAAUACUCCCUUGUACGAUGGGUGCUGUAGUGCGCUAUAAGAGUACCCGUCCUCCGUUGGAUUGCGCUGAAAGUGGAAAUCCUACGGCCUGGUCUUAGCGGCAUCAGGUUGCAAAGCCACGCCCCGCGCCGACGCCAGAUUGGGUAGCUGGCGUCCGCCAAUUUACUCGAGAAGGGAAAAAUCUAAUUUUGUAGAGCCCACAUCUCCGCCCAAAGAAGGCCCUUUUGUGACAUGUUGUGCCUAGCCAUCUGACGAUAUCAACGCUGCGCCGCGUGGUGUGGUUGACCAUUGCGCCUAGGGUUAGGUUUGAAAACACCUAACGCAGUCGAUUGAAACGAACAAUGCGACCCUGACGCCAUGUUGUACAAGGGAUUUGACGCGUCCAUCACCAGACGGGAUGCCAGAAGUCGCGUGGAAACAUCAACAAACGCGGUAUGCAAGGACGAGAUGGUGCUAAUGCGGGUUCAACCAUUGGUUUCCAGAGUGGGCGGUCCUGCCAAGAAGGGAAAAAAAGAAAGAAAACGGCAAAAGGAAGAAAAAGUUAAUUAUGAACAAGGAGCAGACAAAAACAAAAACAAUAAAAA